CUCCUAGUCUCCUUUCUUUUUUCUCUCUGGCCGCCAUGUGAACACUUCGAAGGAACCAAAUCGUCUCUUCGCCCAAAAUCCAGUCUCGUACCCUGGCUACGCAAUCCCCGCCAAACCCUAGCUCGUAGAAUAGGGGAACUGGAGUUGGCUCUGCGGAUUCCAGCGUUGGGGCGAGAUGGAUUUGGGUCUGUGGAUCGUCAAGGUCAAAGAGGGGCAGCACCUCGCCGAGCACGAGCUCCAGUCCCUCUGCGAAUACGUGAAGGAGAUUCUCAUCGAGGAGUCGAACGUGCAGCCCGUUAACAGCCCCGUCACGGUGUGCGGCGACAUCCACGGCCAGUUCCAUGACCUGAUGAAGCUCUUCGCCACCGGGGGCCAUGUCCCCGACACGAAUUACAUAUUUAUGGGUGACUUUGUGGAUCGCGGGUUCAACAGCCUUGAGGUCUUCACCAUCCUUUUGCUUCUAAAAGCGAGGUAUCCUGCCCACAUAACCCUUCUGCGUGGGAAUCAUGAAAGCAGACAGUUGACACAGGUAUAUGGUUUUUAUGAUGAGUGUCAGAGGAAGUAUGGGAAUGCCAACGCAUGGCGGUAUUGCACUGAUGUUUUUGAUUACCUUACUCUUUCGGCAAUCAUUAAUGGCACGGUCCUCUGUGUUCAUGGUGGCCUUUCGCCUGAUAUACGCACAGUUGACCAGAUGCGGAUAAUUGAUCGCAAUUGUGAAAUUCCUCAUGAAGGACCUUUCUGUGAUCUGAUGUGGAGUGACCCAGAAGAGAUAGAGACCUGGGGUGUUAGUCCCCGUGGAGCAGGCUGGCUUUUUGGAUCCCGGGUGACAACAGAGUUCAACCAUGUUAACAAUCUUGAGUUAGUUUGCCGGGCUCAUCAAUUGGUCCAGGAAGGACUGAAGUACAUGUUCCAAGACAAGGGUCUUGUAACAGUGUGGUCUGCACCUAACUAUUGUUACAGAUGUGGCAAUGUUGCUUCUAUACUAAGCUUUGGCGAAAAUAUGGAAAGAGAGGUCAAGUUCUUCACAGAAACAGACGAGAACAACCAAAUGCGAGGGCCUAGGACUGCAGUCCCGUAUUUUCUUUGACCUCCUUUGUACAUCAUUUUUGUGGUAUUUAUUUGCAAGGGCUUAAGAUCAUCAGAUAGGUGUUCGUUGUUGUAGCUUGAGCUCAUAGUGCAAUCUGACUAUCUGAUGCAUUUGAUUUCACCGGUUAUUUUAAACCGCUGUAAAAUAGAUUAUUGUGAGAAAAUAUCUGCUUCAGGCCCCUGUUUUCUUGCCUGCCUGUCCCAAAAGUUAAGUGCAUAUCUGCUGGACUUUA